AUGGUGAAGAAAGAUUCUGAUGCAGAUGCAAGACUGAGGCAUAAGAUGAGUGUACCUAAGGUCUAUGACCUUAUGCAUUCAGUACAUGUCAAAAAAAGGAGAGACAAAAUAAUUGACCAACUAAACAACUGUGGCUUUGGAGGGAUGCUACAUAUUUGUAACUGGACAAGGAUCCACACCUUUUUUAUCGAUUGGGUUGUCAGAAGAUUUGAAAAGGAACAUAUGUGGAUAAGAUUGAGCGAUACGGAGGUCCUAGAGUUGAAAGAGGAUGAUGUGCAUAGAGUCUAUGAACUUCCAAUGGCUGGAAAGAAGAUAGACACUAAUCUUUGCUCUGAUGGAGCAAUUAGAAGGCUAAGGAAGGAAUUGGGAUUGACUGGAGAUUAUUCUCCAGUUGUGAAGGUUGCUGAAUUAGAAAGGAUACUGAAGACUACAGAAAAACCUAAAACAUGGGUGAAGGGUAUAAUUUGUUUCAUCAUUCAUAACAUUUUGUGCCCGACUAAUAAAGGCAAUGUGUCACUGCAGUAUGCAGAUAUUUUAGAAGAUCCAGCCGGUGUAUCUUCAUAUAACUGGUGCUCACAUGUUCUAGACUAUAUGAAAAAAGGCCUGCAAUCUCCAGGAGUUUUAAAUCCAUUAGCAGAUUUCCACUUCCUAAUGAUUAACUACAUGGAUAAAAUGGGGAAACGAAGCCCAUUUUUGACGGGCAAAUACAAGCGGCCAUCCCUUCGUGAUUGGGAUGUCAAGGCGGCAAACCAGGAACUUGCCAAGAUCCAUGAUAUCAUGGGGCUUGAAAAUGGAUUGACAGCCGGGGUAACAAGUCUGUACAGACCCGCAGAAGGUCCGCUUGUACUGUGUUUUGAUGCAGACACAUGCCCACUGUCUAAGGCAGAAAUGUAUCUUAAUCACUGUAGGUCUUGUAUAAAUAUCUAUACUAGAUCCGCAGCAACAUUGGAACGACGAAUAGCUGAGGCAACUGUCGGAACUUCUGGGAAAAAAGAUGCAGUCCCAGAAGAAACAAAAACUGACAAGGACAAUUCAAUGGAAGCCCAGGCUGAAACUGAAAAGAAUAACAGUUCCAAUAAAGACAAUGAUGCAGACAAGCACAAUGAUGAAGGGUUGAAUAAUGACAAUGAUGCAGAAGAUGAGAUCAAUGCCAAAAGCAUUGAUGAAGAUGACAAUGAUGAAAAGGAUGAGAUCAAUGCCGUAAUAAUUGAUGAGGAUGACAAUGAUGAAGAAGAUGAGAUCAUUACCAAGAUGAUUGAUGAUUCAGUUAAGGCAGCAACCAAAAUCAUUGAUGAUUCAGUGAAGCUGACAAUGACACCGGAAACAAACAAUGUUGGACUCACAUUAACACAGGAAACUAUCAUGAAGUUUCCGGAGUUUUUUGAUGGGGCUGAAGCUUCAAACGCAGGGUUCGAUAAAAAUCAUUCAGUGUCACAAGGAACAGAUUCAGUUACACAGGAAACUAUCUCCAAGUUUCCAGAAUUUUUUGAUGGGGCUGAAGCUUCAUAUGCAGAGUUGAAUAACGAUGAUUUAGUGAAAAAAGAUUCAGUGCCACAGGAAACAGAUUCUGAGCUAGUGUUGGUACCAGAUGUGAUGCAUCAGGAGAACCCUACAAAAUCUGACUCGAAUGUAGUCAUAAAUGCAACUCCAUUAAAGUCAAUAAAGCCAGAUGAAAUAAUUGACUUGGACAAUGUCACUCCAAAGAAAAGAAAAAAGCAUAAUAUGCUUUAUUCUGAUAAUACAUAUCCUGAGCGUCGACGGGCGGUGAAGAAAUCGAAAUACCUUGCAAGCCCAUAUGAUGACGCUGUCCACAAGUCUGCUGCAACGGAGUUGCAGAAAAAAUUAUCAACAUAUGCUUGGAACCCGGAGCUUGAUAAGGAUCACAUUAUGUACUGCUCAGACAACAAGGCUCAUUUGUAUUCUCUACAAAGGGCUGACUUCUGGACACUUCAAAAAGAUGAAUGGGUAUCAUGCUUUGUCAUAAACAGUUGGGUUAAUUGUUUAAAUUGGAAUCAGCAGGACAACAUGACAAGACUAGUGACACCAUUGGUUAAUUAUUUUGACAUGGAAAGAAUGCCUCCUGUAACUAAAUCAAUUGCACACUGGAGAUUCGUUGACAGACUGAAAAAUUUUAAGUACAUGGAUUGGAAGGCCAUUGACCCUACAAAGCUAGAAUACAUCAUGACACCAGCAAUAGCUGGCAAUCCAGGAAGCCAUUAUGUCUGCUUUGUCGUCAAUUUUAAAAGCCACAAAUUUGAAUUCCUAAACAGCUUGACGGGGGGAGGAGAGAAAUUGCAGUUACCAAAUGGUGAACCUAGCUUAUACAAACAGAUGUUUGAUGUUUGGCUGAAUGAGGUGGAAGCAUUUGUGACAGAAUUAUAUAAGUUAUGGAAAAUCAAAAUGCCUUUCCAAUUCACCACAUUCAAUUGGGAUACACCAAAGGCGCCUACUCAAGUUGAUUCAGACAAUUGUGGAGUGUUUUGCAUGAAGUUUCUUGAUGAAUGGGGUGGUGAAAUGCAAUCUUUCAAAGGUUGGUCCAAACUUAGGAAACAUGGGGACAAUGGAAAGAUUGCAAAAAUUAUGGAUCUCCGCAUUGAUCUAUGUUCAGCUAUAUUAACCAACUCUAGCAAUUCCAGAAAAGAACAAGUGCUGAAGGAUGCAACUUGAUGGUUUUUUUUUUUGACAAAGAAGCAACUUGAUGGUUAAGCACUACAAUUUGUAAAAUGGUUUGAUGCUUCUCUGUAAAAUGGUUAGAAACCAUUAGUGGUAUUAAAUGGUUUCAAGCUGUUGUACAAAGAAACCAUUUGGCAACAGGGUUUAGGAUGUUUUAAACAUUUUAAUAUUUGUUUACAUAACAUUUUAGUUUUAAUGAAUUUUACUUUGUAUGGUAAAA